GUUUUCUAUCAGUAUUGGCACGGUAUUGGUGUGGUUUUUACCAGUAUUACACAAUAUCACACCACCGCACAAUAUUGUGUAACAAUAACAAAUUCAAAAUAACUUAAUUUUACAGUGUACCUGCUAUUUCAAAUUACUUUAUACAGUGAAAUGGAAGACCUGAAAUUCGACAAAAUGAACAUUGAUACCAAAUUAGCAGAGCAAUGUGUAUAUGCAACCGAAGAGAAUAUAAUCACUAUGAUACGCAACUAGCGGAUGACCAGUGGGAAGUCCUGUCUACCAACUAAUACACAAAUUUAUGCAAUAAAUAAAUCUCUGGAUUGAAAGUAUUAGGAAAAUAAGGAGUUGACUGUGUUUUUGGAGCAGAAUACAUCUGAAAUAGACAUAGUUAAAUCUGGAGAUAAUGAUAAAAUAACUGCUCAAAUGAAGUCAUACUUCAAUAAGGAAAUCAAGAAUUUACCUACGGAUAAAAAGUUACAACUGUUUGCAAGUAAAAUGGAAGACAAUUCUGAACUAUUUGCUCAGUUAGAAGCAUUGUUACGAGGUGUACCCAAACAAGAGGUCAUUGACAUUGAUAAAAAGCUAAUUGUGCAGAAUUUUAAGUAUUGGAGUUUUAAUAAUCCUAUAAAUAGUAGUUUUUUGGGACUUCGUCCUACCAACAUAGAGAUCUCCGAAUCCAGUCCAUUGGCCAAAUUAGGAUCAGUGGUCUGCGGGAUAAAGUUUAACAUUAAUGUAAAAGUACAUUGUUGUGACGUUACGGCUCCAGUCUGCUACCUAUUUGUACGCUUGUGUAUGGAAUCUGGAAUAGACCGGGUGAAUUUGUUCCACAAGAAGGAAGAAAUGACGGAAAGUGGAGAAGACUUUCGAAACGGUUGCAGCGCUGUUGUUACAGAACAUAGCGACAUAGACUCCGCCAUCGACGUGUUUCUGUAUUCUACCAGUAAGCGUCCAUGGAAACUGAAUCACUUAUUCGUUCAGGAAAGCGAAAUCGAGCGUUUGAAAAUAAAUCUUAUAGCCAAAUCGCAACUGAAAGGCGACAGUAUUGAGAAUACCAACCUCGCCUCUAAGAAUAAGAUAGAAAUUGUUGCAUAUGAGAACAAAUUAUUUGCUUUCGAUUUCAUCGCGGAUGCAGAUAGGCCUGAGGGGAAGCAAGUAGUUAUAGUUGAAGCUUAUAGAACUGUUAAGGAGCUACUUACACUAAUCAAGAAAGAAAAUCCAUUCUUCUUGUCGUUAUGGACUAAUGACAUUUCAGAAGCUAACGAAAUAGCGUACAACGUUAUACUUCCAAUAGUCUGGAUAAACGAUUAUGGCAUAUUCGGUGGUCCGGAUAGAUCUUCCCAAGCGUUUUACUCUGCAUAUUUCAAACUAUGUUACUGCAUUGAUAAAGACUUGCUCACGAGUGAUGUAUUGAAGAAUCUCCAAAAUUGGUCCAAGAUAAACACAAAAGAACGCGUGACGAAAAUAUUGAAGGUCGUAGAAGUUCUAAAAGCUGACAGUUCAGACGUUGAGUCUGCAUCCUUAAUUGAAGACGCUGUUAAUAAUUUACAGUCGAAUAAAUUCGUCGACAUUGAGAAUGGGCGGGUGUGCGUUGGUAUUGAAGACUUUCAAGGUAGCAUUGUAUUGUUGGACAAUGAUAGUAAUGUGAAGAAAGUAGUAACAUCUUUAGUGUAUGGCGCGGGAUGCAUAAGAGAACUCAAAUCAUUGCCCGAUGAUUUGUCAAGAAUAGUUAAAUUAUUCCAACAAGAGAACAUUCCAUAUAUGGAAACAGAUGCAGCUAUUAAAUACAUUCUUUUUGGUAUACGUCUAUUAAAUGAUGGCAUACAAGUGCUUCCUAACACUCGAGUUGUGUAUACGACUUUUGGUACAAUUUUCGCCAAUUAAUAAUUCCGUAUAUUUGAACAGAAUUAACACAUUUAAGAAAUAAAGUGCCUGUAAUUAAAGUUAAGUAUAUAAUAUAUUUUUGUAUGUUUACGAGUAUUUUAUAUAAAGAAAUA